CUUGAUAAACGUGAUAACGCACCACCUCUCGUUUAGAAGCCCUUCACUGGGGAUAAAGAGCGACUGUGGUUUCAAUCUCCAUCCUCACAUCAAGUCACCAUGAGGACCGCUCGCAUCCUUCUGCUCUGCAUCCUGGGAUAUGGGCUGCUCUCCUCUGUGACCUGCAACAAUGGAACCGGCCCCGACGACUGCUGCUUCAAGACAUACCCGAGGAGACUGAACAAAAGACUCAUCAGCUCAUAUUCCAUGACUGAUUAUCGAUGCUCGAAGUCUGCAGCCAUUCUGGUUACAAAGAAGGGUUAUCAAAUCUGUGUGGAUCCGAACCUGUCCUGGGUUGUGAACAUCAUGAAACAUGUCGACGAAAACUCCUUCUGAAGCAGCUGCCUGCUCGCCCUCCUUCAAAGUCACUGCGGCUUUCCCUCCUUCGUCCAAUCGCAUAUUAUGAAAUCCAUGUUACAAUAAAAAUGUGUCGAUAUUUCCUCCAGAUGGAGUUCUUUUGAGCUUGUGUUGGCACAUUGAUCAAAUACCCUGUGUUUUUGUUCUUUCUUUUGGAUGCUUUGUAAUACCCACAACACCAUAUUGUAUCAACGUCAUACAAAUACAGUCAAUGUUAAAGCUUU